AUGGUGGCCAAUUCGAUCGAUGCGGCCAUGGCUGAGGCCCUGGCUAACCUGGACCACGUUACAAACCAUCUACGCAAGCAUGGACAGCACAAGGCUGCAAACGAGAUUGGAAAGCUGGGCAUCAUGGUCGUUACCGUGUUCUCCGAAGCCGUGGAAAACAUCCCCGCUACUGAGUUUAGCCUGGAUCAUCCGGUGAACUUACCUCUCCAACCCGUGGGCAUGAGACACGGACCUGACCUGCCACGGCAGUCUGGAAAUAACCCCGGCGUCAUUGGAGACCGGGCUAUCGUCCACAAUUCGCUCCAGAAGCAGGCCGUCGCCGCCCUCAUGAGUGAGGUCGAGAGAGAAAACAAAGGACAUACCGACGACCUGCGCGCUCCAUCGCAGGAGGGCAUCAUCCACAACGGACAGCUCCCCCAGACUGGAAGCUGGGCUCAGGUGGCCGGCUCCCUCUCGGGUGCCGCGGCCCCUCCCCGGGAGACUGCGCAGUACAUGUCGCCCAUGUCAAUGGUGUCCAAGCAGAGUCAUACUAACAGUGACGACGAGGGCGAUACCCAGGCGCAAGCCUUUGCGGCCCUUGCGCCUCCGCCCAACGUGCUUCCGGAGAUCCCAGAAGCCAAGGCCGGCGUGAUUCGGGUCUACGGGCGUAUCUCCAAGGAUAUCAUCCAGUUCAUCACGACCCGGAUCCACGAGGGCCCGUUGCAGGAGAUCCGCCUCGAGACCAACGGAAGGACCCGCGUGACCUUCCAGCAUGCGUCGCAGGCGCUUGCGUUUUUGAAGUCAAACCAGGAAAUGGAGCAGAUGCUCGGGUUUGGACGCUUUGGAUGCGGCUACCAUGUCGAAUUGGCCGAGAUCAUCGAUUGGAACGAAGAUCACCGUCGCAUGAACCAGCCGGUUCGAGAGCGCCGCCGCCUGUCCUUUGCGCGCAAGCGACUCUUUGCGGACAACAUGUCCCCGGAGAAGUGGAAGCAGGACAUCCGCGCCGUGGCGGGGCCCGGCAACAUUGACUUUCUGUGGGUGUUCAACUCUGGGAAUGCCACCGCCGUGUUCACCAACACCAUUGUUGCGCGCAAGGUGCUGGACAUGUUCAGCCGCUGGAAGAUGGCGCGGACUCCCUACCACGGGGUGUCAGUGACCUUUUCGUCGGACCCAUGCGAGAAGGAGCUAGUGUUGGUCAAGGAGACCACACGCUCGCACGCGGCCAAGAACCUAAUGAAACGACCCUUGCGGUGA